AUGGAGAGGGCUGGUUGACGGCGCUACGCGUACCGUUGGGGGGGAGGGCGAAGCGAGGAGGGAGGGAGGCACUCAGCCUCUGGCGGUUCCUCGUCUCCCGUUGGCAGAGGCGGUUCGGGCUCACGAAAGCGGUGGUGCUUCGCUGCAGGAUGUCGGAGUUGCGAGCGAUGGGAGCCGGCCCAGGAACAACGCCUGGCGGACCCAUAGUCUCCGGCCCAGGAGGGACCUGCGGGCCUGGUCCGGCGACCCCGCUGCCUUCGCCUGGACCUGGUGGCGGAAGAACCGAAGGCAGCGGCGCAGGAGGAACACUAGGCCCUGGGGGCCCGGGACCGGCCCCAGGGGGGGUGACAGGCGCUCCAGGGGGGAGUUCUUCUGCUUCCGCUUCCGGGUCGGCUAGCUCCACUUCCGGAGCUGCUCGCGAGGGCUGGCUUUUCAAAUGGACCAAUUACAUCAAAGGGUAUCAGCGACGCUGGUUCGUGCUGAGCAACGGACUCCUGAGCUACUACAGGUCGAAGGCAGAGAUGCGACACACCUGCCGUGGAACCAUCAACCUGGCCACUGCUAACAUCACUGUGGAAGACUCCUGCAACUUCAUCAUCUCCAAUGGAGGGGCGCAGACCUACCACUUGAAGGCCAGCACAGAAGUGGAGAGGCAGCGUUGGGUCACCGCGCUGGAGCUGGCCAAGGCCAAAGCAGUCAAGAUGCUGGCAGAAUCAGAUGAUUCAGGGGAUGAGGAAUCUGUAUCGCAGACAGACAAGACAGAGCUGCAGAACACCCUGCGCACCCUUUCCAGCAAGGUGGAAGACCUCAGUACCUGCAAUGACUUGAUCGCAAAGCACGGGACCGCUCUGCAGCGUUCCCUCAGUGAGCUGGAGACCCUCAAGCUGCCUGCUGAGAGCAAUGAGAAGAUCAAGCAAGUCAAUGAGCGCGCCACGCUUUUCCGCAUCACUUCCAAUGCCAUGAUCAAUGCCUGCCGAGACUUCCUGAUGCUGGCCCAGACACACAGCAAAAAGUGGCAGAAAUCUCUUCAGUAUGAGCGGGACCAGCGCAUCCGCUUGGAGGAGACGCUAGAGCAGUUGGCUAAGCAGCACAACCACCUAGAAAGGGCCUUCCGUGGAGCCACCGUCUUACCAGCCAAUGCACCCGGCAACAUGGAUUCUUCUAAAGAUCGAUGUUGCCCGUCAAAGGGAGAUAUGAGUGAUGAAGAUGAUGACAAUGAGUUCUUUGAUGCUCCUGAAAUCAUCACCGUGCCUGAUAGCAUGGGCCACAAACGAACAGGUAGCAACAUCAGUGGUGCUAGCAGUGACAUCAGUCUUGAUGAGCAGUAUAAGCAUCAGGUGGAAGACACCAGGAAGGAAAAGAGGACUCGAAUUCCCUACAAACCAAAUUACAGCCUGAACUUGUGGAGCAUCAUGAAGAACUGCAUUGGCAAGGAACUCUCCAAGAUCCCUAUGCCAGUUAACUUCAACGAACCCUUAUCGAUGCUGCAGCGCCUCACAGAAGACCUGGAAUACCACGACCUGUUGGACCGGGCAGCCAAGUGUGAGAGCUCCCUGGAGCAGCUCUGCUACGUGGCUGCCUUUACUGUGUCGUCUUACUCCACCACUGUCUUCCGCACUAGCAAGCCAUUCAACCCUCUUUUAGGGGAAACCUUUGAGCUAGACCGGCUGGAAGAGAAUGGCUACCGUUCCAUCUGUGAACAGGUGAGCCACCACCCACCAGCUGCUGCGCAUCACGCUGAUUCCAAGCAUGGCUGGACCCUUCGCCAGGAGAUUAAAAUCACCAGCAAGUUCCGUGGCAAAUACCUCUCAAUCAUGCCACUUGGUACCAUCCACUGUAUCUUCCAUGCAACUGGCAAUCACUACACAUGGAAAAAGGUCACCACCACAGUGCACAACAUCAUUGUGGGCAAAUUGUGGAUAGACCAGUCUGGUGAGAUUGAGAUUCUGAACCACAAGACCAAUGAGAAGUGCAUUCUCAAGUUUGUUCCUUACAGCUACUUCUCAAGAGAUGUGGCCAGAAAGGUCACCGGAGAGGUGCUAGAUCCCUCAGGCAAAGUGCAUUUCAUGUUGCUGGGCACCUGGGAUGAGAAGAUAGACUGCUUCAAGGUGAUUCCGAGCAUGGAGAACGGCGGUGACAGCCGGCAGAGAGCACACGAAGCCGAGGACAGCAGGGUCCUGCUGUGGAAGAGGAAUCCACUCCCGAAGAAUGCUGAGAACAUGUACUAUUUCUCAGAGCUGGCUCUGACUCUCAAUGCCCCAGAAAGUGGCACUGCUCCGACAGACAGCAGGCUUCGGCCUGACCAGCGGCUCAUGGAGAACGGGCGCUGGGAUGAAGCCAAUGCAGAGAAGCAGCGCCUGGAGGAGAAGCAGCGCAGCUCCCGCAAAAAACGAGAAGCCGAGGCCAUGAAGGCCACAGAGGAUGGAACUCUUUAUGAUCCCUACAAGGCAUUGUGGUUUGAGCGGAAGAAAGAUCCCGACACCAAGGAGGUGGCGCAUGUGUACCGGGGAGGCUAUUGGGAGAGCAAAGAAAAACAGGACUGGAGCAUGUGCCCCGAUAUUUUCUGAGCUGGAAGCAAGCAGCAGGACUUUUACAAGGACGAUGGGAAGGAGAAGGUAGUGAAAUGAGGAUGGAGGGGAGCAACUGAUCAUGUGACUUCCUGCCUAGUGCUUUCCUCACCGAAUCUUGUCUGUCUUAACCAAUCACUUGUUUUGAAUCAAUCACCCAAAGCAGAAUCCAGCAGUGGUGAUUGGCUGGGUUGCCUUAGCUAAUUGACGCUGAGGGUGGUGUCUGGAUUCCUGGAUGGCUGGCGACAUGUAGGAGUAGAAGACUCCAUCCUUCCUUUCCCCCACCACAGGAAUAUCACUCAGCUCUCAGUCAUGUAUACUUUGGGGAGGAAGAGGGGUGCAGCGCUGUGCUGCAUCGAUCGCCCCCGCCUCCACCCCAUGGCCACCUUCAGAUAAGAUAGGCAAGUUCAGACCACAAAUGUUGCACCAAAGGAUUGGCUGGGAAAGGUUACAGGGAACUUCCUCUUGUUUUUUUCCUUUAAGGUUGCUCUCUCGUUCCUUCUUCCCAAUCCUCUCUUCAGCUUUGGGGAGGGGGAACCAGUUCUUUCCAGGGACUCUCAUGUCUCUUGGUUUGCACAGGUGGCAAAGCAACUGGUGAUGCCUUGGGGCAGGGUGGGUGGGGGGAACCUUCUUUUGGGGCAGCACGAGCUGCCCUCUGGGGGAAGGAGAUUAAACUGACCAUCCUCCUUUCUCAGAUCCAUCCUUCUCACCAGGCUUCAGCCCCGUGUGCACUUGGGUGGGAAGCAACAAUGUGGGACAGAGCCCCUCUGCCUAAAGAUCCUGGCCUAAGGCAACCGCUGGCUUAAUACACACUUGUUUAUAUGUAUAUUAUAUAUAUGUAGAGAGAGAUCUAAUUUUUGUUCUGAUUUCCUUCCACACUCCCCCCUGGCUCUUUUGGUUUGCUCCCAAUUUUGUAACACUCACCCUGCUGUCUCCUUCCAUGGCCCCCAGAUCAGGGAGGUGCUCUGCUGAAAGCGUGAUACUAAAUCACGGCUUGUCUUACCUUCAAAAUCAGCUUUUCCUGAUGCUGAGCCAGAGCUCGAAGGCAUCAGUCUUAAGCCUUCUCACUCUGUGCAGGCACAAGCCCAGGUGUCCUUUGGUUCCAGUAUGAAAUAGGGAGAUGGUGGGCUCUCCUAAGCCAGUCCUGGACAGCACCAAUCACAGCUGCCAAGCUGGCUUCUGAGGUCAAAAAGGUGUUGCCACUGUGCAGCAGUGGCAGAGGGCGCAGAGGCUGCCCCAGCUAGGCCCCUGCUUGUGGGAGGGAGUAGGCUACAAGUAAGCCCCUGUCCUUGGCGAAGAAUCACACAAUGAGGUGCCUUCCUUCUCUGUGUGUGUGCGUGUGCGCGUGUGUAUGUUUCACCCUUCUUUUUUGCGUUGUUUUCUUUUCUUUUGGUUUGUUCCUUAACUUCCAAACUUUAUCCUCCGAAGGAGUGAGAGGCGACAAGUGCUGCUUGCUGGUGAGUCAUCUUGCUGGCUGGGAGAGACGCAGACAUGGGCCCUGCCCUUCCCAGCAGCAAGAGCAGUGCUGCUCCAUGGGAAGGAAAGAAAGGGGGCUUUGGGUGGGAUCUCUACACUAUUUGCUGCUUGGUCUGUUUGAAGCCUGUUUUUGCAGCUGGUGGAGGCUGUCACUUCCUUGUAUAGAAUAAUGACAGGCUUUACAGAAAGUCGGGGGGAGAGAGAAUAUCCCUGCAAUUCUAUUUUUGGGGUUUUUUUGCCUUAUUGUCUUUUUUCCAAGAAAACUAAAUUAAAUAAUAAAACCUGAAAUGUCAAA